CAAGUCCCUCGGUUGAGCUCAAUUAUAAAAUCACACUGAUGUCAGAUGUAUGUUCAUGCGUAUACCUGUGAAAAUUGCAACGACAUCAUGAUAAGAGCGCGCACUCGGUGGGGCGGUUAGCCUGGCAAACCUAUGGUUACUGCGAAUGUGCUACCAGCUCACCCGACAACUGUUGUUGUCGGGGCAGGGCUCAGUGGGCUGCAAACUGCAGCUCAGUUCCUCGCUUUGGGGCACCGCGUUUGCGUGCUCGAGAGGGCUGAGGACGUUGGAGGCGUAUGGCUACGGUAUACAUCGUUUAAUAUCCAAGUGCCACGCGACUUCUUCAGCCUUCCAGACUUCCCCUGCCCGCCCGAGCUGGAGCCCGAGGAGUACCCCACGGGUCGCUCGCUGCUGCGGUACAUCAUCGCCUAUGCGCACAAGAACCAGCUGUACCGGCACAUCAUCUUCCGCGCGCACGUGACCCGCCUGCACCGCCUGGCUGGCGCCUGGCAGUGCUUCUAUGACGUGGAGGAGCCCCUGCCCGGAGGAGGAGGAGGAGGCGGAGGAGCGGAUGGGUUGGGCGGCGGGCUGGGGCGCAGCAGCAUGGCCAGCGCCGCCGGCUCGCCGCGCGCUGGCGGCAGCGGGGGCGGCGCGACGGGUGGCGAGGGGGCAGGGGCGGGGGGAGGUGGCGGGGGCGGCGGCAGUAUGGUGGUGCAGCACCGCAUGACGGCGGACUUUGUGGUGGUGGCCACGGGGCUGCACUCCACACCCGCCGUGCCGCCCAUUGAGUGCCCUCACCUGUUCCGCGGCCAGAUGCUUCACGCCUACGACCUGCCGCCCGAUGAGGAGCUGCCAGAGCAGCUGGCGGGCUGCCGGGUUGUGAUCCUGGGCGGCGGCAAGGUGGCGGUGGACACGGCGACCCGGCUGGCGGCGGCGGGAGCGGCGUCCACCGCGGUGGUGUUCAAACAGGCACACUGGCCCAUCACGCGAUUUCCGCUGGAUAAAAAGGGCGGCGGCAACGGUGGCAGUAGCAACGGCAGUGGAGACGGCGGCAGCGGGGGCGGGGGCGGCAGUAGCACUGCCAAGGCGCGGCGUAGCAGUAGCAGCAGUAGCAGUCGGGGCCCUCACUUCACCUCGCUGCUGUACAACCGCUGGGCGGGCGCCAUGCUGGACCCCUACUAUGACGCGGGGCUGGCGGGCAGGGCGGCGGGCGCUGUGACGCGCCCGCUGCGGCGCCUGUUUUGGCGGCGCAUAGAAAAGAGCCUGCUUGCCCAGAACGGCCUGACGCGGGCGACCCACGGCGGCAGUAGCGGCGGGGCCGGGGCGGGGGUCGGCAGUAGCGACGCCGCCGCGCUACUGCCGCCGCUGCCUCUUGACCGGGACCUGCUCACGGGGGGGCUGGUGCAUGACGGGCAGUGGUCGGCGGCACUGGCGUCUGGCGAGGUCACCGCCAUCCGAGGCGAGCCCCACCGCUUCACGCCCGACGGGCUGCUGCUGCGCUGCGGCACUGUGGUACCCGCGGACGUGGUGGUGCUGGCGACGGGCUACCGCAAGGACUACGGCUUCAUCGACGCCGACAUCCUGACCAAGCUGGGCGGCCAGCGCGACGGCCUGUACCUGUACCGCCACGUGCUGCCGCCGCUGGUGCGCAACAUCGCCUUCGUGGGCUGCGAGGCCAGCAGCUUCAACAGCCCCCUGACCAGCUACCUGCAAUGCAUGUGGCUGGCCAGCUGCCUGCAGAACCGGGUGCGGCUGCCGCCUCCUGCCGAGAUGAUGAAAGACCUGCAGCGCCAGAUGCGGUGGCAGCGGCGUGUGCUGCCGCCCCAGGCCGACCGCGCCGCGCAGAUUGGCAUCUACACGCAGCACUACCACGACACACUGCUGAGGGAUAUGGGCCUCAGUCCCCGGCGCAAGCCCAACCUAUGGCGCGAGUGUUUUGAGCCGUAUACCGCCGCGGACUUUAGGGAUCUGCCCUUCCUCGGCUUAGGGCCAGACGGCGGCGUCCGCAGCAAGCGCAGCGGCAGCGCCGCCGCCGCCGCCGCCAGCGCGCGCGCCUCCUCGGCUGCAACCGCUGCGCAAGCUCAAUACGCGGACCACCACCACCACCACGACGCAAGCGAUGGGGACGGCGAGGGCGAGGGCGGCGGGCCGGCUCGACGCAUACGCAUCUCAGCCGCCGCCGCGGCGGCCGUGGCUGGCGGUGCCUACGUGUCCGGCGACGGCGGCGCCGGUGCUGCCGCCGGCCCCUCCGUGGGCUUCGCCCUGCCGCCGCCGGCGCGGCUGGCAGCGGCGAGUGGCUCCGAGACAGACGGGCGACUGGUGUCCGCGACCGGCAGCUCGGGAACGGGCGGGCUGGGCGGCGAGGCGCCGCGCAGUGGCAGUGCCCUGCUGGCGGCGGCGCUGGCCUCCACCUCAGGCGGCGCCGGCGGGGGGGCGGGAGGCGGCGGCGGCGGCGGCGGCGUGUCGGGCAUGUCGUCGAGCCGCGUGCUGGACACACUGUACGAGGGCGGCGAGGCGGGCGGCGGCGGCGGCGGCGGGGCGCAGGCCGCGGAGAGCGCGCACGGCCCCGCCACUGGCAGCCGCAUGCGGCCGCCCGGCGGCAGCUCAGGCCAGCUGGGCGGCAGCUCAGGCCAGCUGGGCAGCAGCUCGGGCCACUCACUCCUGCCGCCGCACGGCAGCGGCGGUGCGGGCGUGGGCGUUGGCGUGGGCCUCGCGCCGCCAGAGACGCCCGCUGGCAUGGCCCUGGCCGCCAGUGCACUGCCUGGCGGCGCCGCCGUAAUGGCCUCCGCCGCCUCCCUGGGUGGCGGCGCCGCCGGCCCCGCCUCCAGUGGCAGCCUGGGCGGCCCCGGCCCCGGCACGGGCGGCUUCCAGGCAGCUGCCGCGGCCUCGCUGUCCAUGUCGGGCUACGGCGCCGCUUUCCGGUCCGUGGGCCGCGCGCCCAUCUACAUCCCGCCCGCCAGCGGCAGGUCGUGCCUCAUGGACGCCGCGGCGCUGGCGCUGAUGGACGGGGUGGUGGGCGGUGCGCUGAUGGACCGCCCGCCGCCGCGCUCGCCGCGCUCCCGCACCGCCUCCGCCGUCGGCAGCGCAGCCGCGGCCGCCACUGGCGCCGCAGUAGCAGCGGGUGCAGCAGCAGGAGCGGCGGGAGCGGCGGCAGCAGGGGCCGCCAAGCGCGGCGCGUCGUUGUCGGGCGUGUAUGCAAACGGCGACGGCGCGGGGACGUCGGCAGCGGCAGGCGGUGGCGGAAGGCUGGGCGCCUCCGCUGGGACGUCGCGCACAGGGCUGUGGGGCGCGGUUGCGGCCGCAGCGGCGGCGGGCUCAGCGGCACACCUGCCUGAGGAUGCCGCGGCGGCGGCGGCGGCAGGGGCGGCUGGUGACCGAGCCAGCGGGCGCGCCAGCGGCGGACGCGCCGCAGAAGGGCCGGCGACGGCACCGGCGGCCGCGUCGGACCAGCACGCGCGGAGGCCACGGCCGCCCACAGGCGAGGGCUUUGUGGGCACGGCGGGCACAGACGCACCGUCAGCGGCAGUAACCGCCAAUGGCGGCGCACUGGGUAACGGCCUGGCGGCGCCGUCGUCCCAUUCGGUAGUUGGCGGCGCCGCCUCCUCCCCUGAGCCGCCCACCACACCGGCGCCGGCAGGACCUCUCGCCGCCGUCACCUCCGCGGACGUUGGCAGCGCUGCCCCCGGCACCGCCGCCGCCGCCGCAGCCGCCGGGGGGCUGGCGGUAGGGACCAGCCCCGCGUCUCACGGCACGUCGGACUCGCAGCACAGGUCCACCGCCGCCGACUCGGCCGGCGGCACGCCGCCCUCGCCCAAGCAGCAGCCCGGCAGCGGCGGCUCCACCCCCGCCUCCGCUUCCGCCUCCGCCUCGGGUGGAGGUGGCCGCGGCGGCGCCCACGGCUCCGGCUCCAAGGCCCACGGCUCUGGCCCCAGUAAGCCGCAGGCGCUGCGCAAGGCCGCGGCGUCGGCGGCGUCGGCACGCCAGCGGCGCGGCUCCGCCACCAGCAGCACCGCCGACGGCGGCGGGCCCCACUCCUCAGCUGAGUCCAACAUCGUGCACGGCUCGGGGGGCGGCAAGCCUCGCACGCUGUUCCAGCUCGUCACGACGCGCAACGCCGCUGGUGACAGCGCGACAACCAGCCCCGGCCCCGGCACGGCUGGUGCGCCAGCCUCCGACGGCGCCGACGGCGGCCCCCGAUCGGCGGCUUCGCCUGUGCUGGCGCCGCCGCCGAGCUUGCGGGCGGUGGCGACGGCUACGGGUCGGCGCGCGAGCGAUCCCUGGGCCGCAGGCGACGAGAGUGAGGACUUUGUGGGCACGCCGCCUAGCUGCUUUGCGGGGCCGCUUGAGGAGCUGCAGUCGGACGGACUGGGCUCAGCUGAUUCGGGCGCUACCGGCGGCGCCGGCGGGCGGCGGUCCCGGGCGCGGCGGGCGGCGCUGGUGCACAACAGCGAUGACGAGGACGUGGUGCUGGACGACGACUACGAGGACGAGGACGACGACGUCCGGCAGGCGGCGCAGGCGGGGGCCGCGGGCAGGAGCGGCAGGAGCCGCAGCCGGUGGUGGCACCCGCAGCGGAACGACUGUGACGAGGAGGCGGAUGAGGAGGCGGACGAUGCCGAUGACGACGAGGACGACGCGGUGGCAGCUGGCGAGGCGGGCGACGAGCUGGGGGUGAUGCUGGAUGAGGGAGCCAUGGCGGAGCGCCGCUCAGGCGGCCGCCUGGGAGCAGGAGGAGGCCUAGGGGGGCCCGGACUCGGGUCCGGUGAGCUGGGGCCGGGGUCCGGGGGGCUGACGGCGGCGGCGGCGGCCACGGCGGCGGCGGCGCGGCUUAGUGCGGGCAACAGCCGGCAGCGGCUGUCGGUUGGGGAGCUCAACGAUGGCGGCGGCGAGUGGGCUGACGCCGGUGGUGGCGGCGCCGCCGCCGGCGGCAUUGGUGGCGAGCGGAGCAGCGCGGGCAGUCGCUUCAGCGGCGGCAGCAGCGGCCGACGACUCAUGGUGCUGGGCGGCGCAGGGCCGGGGGCGGGCAUGCUAGGGUCAGUCGGCGUCGGGUCGGAGGGAGGCCGUGGCGUGGAGGUUGCGUACCGGAGCAGCCUUGAUCAGAUAGGGAUGGAAGUGGCAGCGGUGACCGGGAUUGCCGGGUCGCCCGGCGGCCGCAGCGGCGUGUCGGUUUUUGGAUCCGGAUCGCUUGGUGGUAACAGCGCAGUCGCCGCUUCUGGGUCGGGAUCCGGAUUUGGGUCAAUAAAGAGCCGCAGCUCGCAGCUUGACGGUGCCGGCGGCGUGGCGGUGGCGGUGGGCGUGGCGGCAGCGGUGGUGCCGAUGGCAGUGCGCGGCGUGGAUGGCCCGGCAUCAAGCAGCGGCGUCGGUAGCAGCAGCGGCGGAGCGCGCAGCGGCGGAGUGGGCGGCGGCGGCAGUGCCAUGAGUGAGCCGGUUGGGCGGCCGCUGACGGCGGAUGGCAACGAGUGGGAUGGUGGCGGCGGCGGCGACGGCGUCGCCUCCACGACAGGCUCCAACCUGGCGGGGGAGCGGCGGAGCAUUGCUGGGAGAGGCCGGGUAUCGUUCGCCGAUCACGCCACAACCGUUGACGGCGGCGGCGCCGCAGCCGCCGCCCGGCGCCCGCGCUUGUCGGUGUCAUUGCGCAACCGGCAGGGCUCCGACCCGCCUCCCGCAGACUCGGCAGGGGGUGGUGGCGGCAGCGGACUUGCGCCGCGCGCCUCCCUGCCUGUGAGCAGUUCUUACGCCUCACAGCACAUGUCGGGGUCGGCGGCGGCGGCUGGCGGCGGCGGCGGAAGCUCGGGUGCCAGCUCCGCACUGGAGCGCUACGCAGCACGCAUGACCACUGCCGCCACCUUCAGGCUGUCCAUGUCCUCGAUGGCCGACAUGAACCCGCAGUCGCUCAAGGCCGCGGCACGAGUGUCAGCAGCCGCAGCCGCCAUGGCGGCGGCGGGCGGCGGCGGCGGCGGCGGCAGCGUCAUGCUGGUGGGCUCGCAGUCGCUGGGCCAGCCGGCGUCGCUGCACCCGCUGCACGCCAUGCAAUCGCAGCCUGGCGGCGGCGGCGCAGGUGGCGGCGGCGCAGGUGGCGGCGCCGCCGCGGGCCUUGUGGCGCACAACAGCCGGCUGGGUCCGGGGCUACUGGGGCAGCGGCCGCAGCGGGUGGUGCCAGGGCUGGCUAGUGCGGACGCUGUGACGGACGGCAGCGAGGGCGCCGGCGGGGCUGGAGGCACGGGGAGCUGGGAGCAGUCGGGCGCGGCGGGGCUGGUGAUGAUGGCGGUGGUGGAUGAGGACGGCGCGAGAGGCAACGACACCUCCACAAGCAACGUAAGCGCCAGCGCCGCAGGCAACCUCGCCUCGCCUGCGGGUGCAGGCGGCGCCGCCGCCGGCAGCCGCCGCGCCGCCACCGCAGCCGGCUUUAUCGGAGGUGGCGGCGGCGGUAUUGCGCAGUAUCUGACCUUACCCGUCGGCGCGGGGCAGUUCUCAGGGGCUCAAGGCUACGUGGCAGACGGCGGCACGGGCGCCGGCCUGACGAGCCCCGUGCGCAUGUCGGCGAACGGCAUGAACGGCGGCGGCGGCACCCCGGCAGCCCUGAGCAGCAACCCACUCUUCAGCGGCCCUACUGCCGGCGGCGGCGGUGGCGGUGGAGCUGCCAGCAGCUGGGACGUGACGUUUAAGCAGCUGUCUAGGGCUGUGGUGGCGCCGCCGCCGCGCCCCGCCGGCGGCCUGCGGGCGGCUAUGAUCAGCCGCCGCAGCAUGCUGCUACUCAGCGGCAAUGAUCGAGACCGCCCCAGCGAUAGCGGCAGCGCUACGCCCACCGGCGGCUCGUUCUUCGUCGCGCGUCGCGCCGCCGCCGCCGCGGCGGCCGGCGGCAGCGGCACGGGCGACGAGGGGCUCGGCUCGGGCCCUGCGCCCGCCACCGGCAGCAACAGCGGCGCGGGCGGCAACGCGGCGGCGGCGGCACUGAUCCAGCCGUCCGGCCCAGCCAUCCGCGAGGCGAGCCGGUUUGUGGCGCGCACCAACAGCAUGAGCCUAGGGCACGGCCCCGGCGGCGGCGGCGGGGGCGGCGGCACUGGAGGCGCUGGCGGCGCUGGGCUGCCCAGCCACUUGGGGCCAGGCGGCAGUGCCCACGGCUCUAACGCCGCCGCCGCCGCACUGGGCCUGGCAAGCGCCGGCGCCGACGGCGCCGCCACGGCAGCUGGCGCCGGUGGCGCCGCCGGCAGCGGAGCUGUCGUGGCCAGCGGUGGAGCCGGGGGCGGCGGCGUCUCUUCUGACGACGCCGACUUCGGUGCGGCCGAGGCAGGCGAUGGCGGGCCGGGCACGCCGCGCGCGCGCAUGCAGUGGGCGGCGGCUGUGAGUGCGGCCAACGACCUGCGAAUCGGUGCGGACAGCACGCGCAAUGCCUUUGCGGCAGUGGUGAUGGCGGCGCGGGCGAGGCGCUCCAGCGCGGUCGCGUUCGGCGCGGCGGGUCAGCCUCCGCCGGCGGUGCAGCACGAGUCACCCAUGUUGGCAAAGCUUAUCGCCGCCAGCCAGUCCCACUCGGGAGUCGUGCCGCGCGGCGGCGCCAGCAGCCUGCGCAAUGCCGGCCUCGCCGCCGCCGGCGCCUUGCCGCUGCCGCCGCCGCACCCCGACACCGCGCGAGGCCGCCGUGGCCCCUCCACCAGCAACGACGGCAGCUAUGCACACGAACGGACCUCCAACACCGCGCCCGGCGAAGUCGCCUCCGCGGUCGCGGCCGCGGCUACUGCCAGCGCCGGUGCCGCCAAGCGCGCCAGCUGGGAGGGUGGCAGUAGCAUGGCCAAGAGCUUCAAGCGCCUGUCGGGGCUGCUACUGCCAACCUCUCCUCCAGCCUCGGCGGGCAGCGGCCAUAACUACCAGCACCCGCCCGUGCGCUCCGCCAGCGGCGAGGACAUGGCUCCGCAGGGCGGCAGCGCCGGCGCCAGCGCCAGCGGCGAGGCCGCCGCCGGUGGUGGCGGCGGCGGCACGGGUCCGGUUCGGAUGCUGAUUCGCAUGAUUAGCGGCAAGCGCCGCAGCGAGGGCCUGGCGGGCACCAGCAGCCUGGCGCUGGGCGGCAUCGCGACAGUGGAGGAGGAGGGCGAGAGCGUCAGCCUGCCCACGCCGCCGCCACUGGCAGGAACAGGAGGGGCAGCCGGCAUGCCGGCCACGGCGCUGUCACCAGUGGGCGGCGGAGGCGGGGGUGCCGCUGGAGGGGGGGCUGCUGGAGGGGGCGGCUCCGCCGCUGUAGAGGAUUUCGGUGGGCGGCAGCAGAUGACGGUGAUAAGCGCUGCCGACGCGCCACCGACGGCGCUGGCGGGCGCUGUGCUGGGCCGCUCGGUGUCACGCCGCUCGCAGUUGCACUACCACCUGCCCGCGGACCUGCACACCACGCCGCCGCAGGCGCACCUGCCGUCAGCGCAGCAGGCGCAGCCGCAGCCACACCACCAGUCGCAGCCGCAGCCGCACUCGGCGCAGUCGCUGCCGCUUGUGCAGGUCAACGCAGUCUCUACUGCCGCGAGCGCAAAGCCGUCGUCUUCAACUGGCAUGGCGCCGCAUCCUUAGUGCGUGCCCAUGAUAUACGAUCAGCAGGAUGUUUUUGUUGAAGGGCAUUACAUCAAUUUUACAGCUAGAAUCGGUUCAAUGAAUGGGGCGUGCGCGGCGGUCGUUCACCCAUUUCUGGCCUCGUCGGACAUAGAACCGAUGUUAUCUGGAUUGCGGGCCGAGCGUUAUCCGAGAUUUGCAGUUGACGUUGCACGCACGCAUCAAUGAAAGACAUGUUGUUUGUGAUGUCUCGGGCCCUUGUUAGUGAUGGGCCACAUCAGCAAUGCGGCCACGGGAAACCUGUGAGAUCAGGGCACACCAGAUACCGUAUGUUGCAGCUUUGCCUGUCGCAGUCACGCCCACGGACAUGAGCCUGAGCAUUCCCGUAUUGCAUAUUCGUGGGAAACCGUUCUUGGGCUGCAUGUUGAGCCAUUGACGAACAUGACGCGAUAACGUCAUAUGCGUAGGUAGGAUGUGUGCAACGGGGUCAUGACCACCAGAACCGCUGUAUUGGGGGCUUCGCAGGCGUCAGGGCGUUGAGAUGCCAAUGGCGUAGUGGUGGGCCGCGCGUGCCCAGGUGGCGUGGGUUGUGGAGGUGGCCUAUGUGCAUCUUGGAGUCCACAGGUUACGGUAACACAGUUUGUGCAGAGAUUGUCGGUGGUCGAUUGGGAUACCGGCGGCCAUGAUGGCGUGCGGGGCUCGGUGUGGCGUGGCGCAACACGUAUGUCUUCAGUUACAAGCGGAGGAGAAGGAAUGGGAGGGUAUGUGUGAGGCAUCAUACACUGCAUGUGUGCGUGUGGAGGUGAAGGACUGUGCAUACACGCAGUGGGGGCACCUCAGCGGCCGCACGCCUGAGCUGUAACUGCGCUGCUGCGCGCUGGAGCAACGGCUGGCCAAGAUGAGACGUUAGGUGUGCAACUGCUGCCGCUCUGAGGCUUUGUCCCGCCUGACACAUGGCUGAUCGUUGUGACUGCUGAGUCUGAGCACUGCACGAAAGCAUAAGCGCACGGCCGCCAGUGCAGGUAGGCAGCAGCGUGCAGGGUUGUCCUGGCUAUGGGCGGCUGAGGCAGGCAUUUGACUGAGGCCACAAGCGCGAACUGAUCAUGCAAGACAUCGCGUACCGUAUGUGAGCACAGGACCGUGCCAGCAAAAGGUGUCAACCGUUACAGUAGUAGUUUGCUUGUGCGGGCCCCAUAUCAAGCGGGGGAAGCUGGAUGAGCCCCAAUGCUCUUGACUACGCCUGCCCGGCAUGCGACGCGGCAACAGAAAACCGCAUGUGCCUCAACUGGCCAAUCGGCGUAAGAGAGCCUUGGGGCACCACCCUUGGGGCAUUCCCUAGCAAGGUGCAAUCGCCCCCACACAUGCGUGCAGCGAGCCUCAUGACUGCCUUUGAAUUCAUGCACGCACGUGCCAGCCACCAUAUAAAUUUGAUGCAGGAGACAGGCUCCCACACUCCCUGGGUGAAGCCGAGGCACCCACACCGUGAUAAAUAAUGUUCAUCGCCCACCCCGACUGACCCCUCCUGGUGAAGCGCACAGGCUGUAGGGCCUGUGUGCCAAGGCCAGAGUGGAUAAUCGGAGUCUCG